UUCAACCUUAAAAGUUUUAAUUUUUAGCAAACACAAUCCCUUAAUUGUGGCCUUUUGAUUUUGAAGGUUAUCUGUAACAAAAAAACACUCCCACCCUAACUAGGACACUCGUCAAACUUGCACUUUUGCAAUGUUCCCGUUCCCUAAGCGUUUUCAGGACCCCACAUCAGGUUUUCAUCGGCUGAGUUCAAUGCAUGCCAAGAAAUACCUGAAUAAAAUUGGGUUGGAACGAGAAGAUUACAACUUUUGGAAACAGGCUGGGAAGGCCUUACUUUGCACCUACGCCAUAAUUGGGGCUGUGUGGCUUUACCAUAAGGCUUCACAACAGCCAAAGUUCCGGUAUCCCGGUGAUGAAGAAGCAAUGAAGGAGUUCAUUGCCAAGCGAGGUAUGAUUGGAACCACCAAUGGUCCAAAAGGGGUGGUUGAGAGUGAUGAGGAUGCAUCCAAUAACCAGAAGGAACUGCAGAGCAAUAAGUUUGAUCAGGAAGCUCAGAAGUUGUGGUUGAAGAUGAGGAAUGAAGUCAUUGCUGAACUUCAGGAGAAGGGCUUUGAUGUGGAAUGAUUGCUCACCGAAUGCCAGUGUCACUCCCAUGAUAUAUGAACUGAGUGUGUGGCUAAAGUAGUGUUAGUUAGCAAACUUAUAUAGUAUACUUUAGGAAACUCUUGCAUGCUACAUGGUGAAUAAGGAAGAAGAAUUUUUCUGUGUUUAAAUGCAGGAUUAACAUUGAAUGAUGAUAAAAGGGAAAGGAUGAUCAGUCUGCUCGUCUUUGUUGGUGGUUAUGCUCGUGUGUUUUUCCAAG